GCGGCUGAAUGGUUUUACGCUGGGGAAGGGAAAGGGAAGUAGUUGUGUUGUUUUUUUCUCCAGCCGGCUGCGCGAGACCGGAGGGCAGAGGCUCGGAGGAGACCGAGUAAGCGACGCCCACCUUUCUUCUCCUCCCCACCCCGCGUCACGUGCUGCCGGCUAGAGAAAUAGCAGUUGCGGGGCUGAGAAGCAGCAUUCCAACGUGGCCACCAUCUCCGGUGGGCAGGCAGGUUUAAGGCCAUGGUUAUGAAAGCUGCUGUAGAUGAUGAUGAUUCAGGAUGGGAGAUGAAUAUAGCUGAGAAGAUGGAAAAGGGUAACACAAGCUGGAUAGACAUCACCCAAGAUUUUGAAGAUUGCUGUAAAGAAUUGAAGUUAGGAGAGUUGCUUCAUGACAAACUUUUUGGUCUGUUUGAAGCCAUGUCUGCUAUUGAAAUGAUGGAUCCUAAGAUGGAUGCGGGUAUGAUUGGAAACCAAGUUAAUCGUAAAGUUCUUAACUUCGAACAAGCUAUCAAGGAUGGGACCAUUAAAGUUAAAGAUUUAUCCUUGCCUGAAUUGAUAGGAAUAAUGGACACUUGCUUUUGCUGCUUGAUAACGUGGCUAGAAGGCCAUUCCUUGGCACAGACAGUAUUCACCUGUCUCUACAUUCAUAAUCCUGACUUCAUUGAGGAUCCUGCCAUGAAGGCAUUUGCCCUGGGUAUCCUGAAAAUUUGCGAUAUUGCUAGAGAAAAAGUAAACAAAGCAGCAGUAUUUGAAGAGGAAGAUUUUCAGUCUAUGACAUAUGGUUUUAAAAUGGCAAACAGUGUGACAGAUCUUCGAGUUACAGGUAUGCUAAAGGAUGUUGAAGAUGACCUGCAACGGCGAGUUAAGAGCACUCGAAGCCGACAAGGAGAAGAGAGAGAUCCAGAAGUAGAACUUGAACAUCAGCAGUGCUUUGCAGUUUUCAGCAGAGUGAAGUUUACUCGGAUAUUACUGACUGUAUUAAUAGCCUUUACCAAAAAAGAGAUUAGUGCAGUUGCAGAAGCUCAGAAGUUGCUGACUCAGGCUGCUGAUUUGCUGUCUGCGAUUCACAAUUUAAUACAUCAUGGUAUUCAGGCUCAGAAUGAUACCACCAAAGGAGAUCACCCUAUAAUGAUGGGCUUUGAGCCACUAGUUAAUCAGAGAUUGCUCCCUCCAACUUUUCCUCGAUAUGCAAAAAUUAUUAAAAGAGAAGAAAUGGUUAACUAUUUUUCAAAACUUAUAGAACGAAUCAAAACUGUAUGCGAAGUCAUCAAUUUAACCAAUUUGCAUUGCAUACUAGAUUUUUUCUGUGAAUUUAGUGAACAAUCACCCUGUGUUCUUUCAAGAUCACUGUUACAGACCACUUUUCUUGUGGACAAUAAAAAAGUGUUUGGUACACACCUUAUGCAAGACAUGGUAAAAGAUGCCCUAAGGUCUUUUGUCAGUCCACCAGUACUUUCACCAAAAUUAUUAAUAUAUUGGUACCUUUCUGAAUUUCUGUAUGCAUGGCUAAUGUCAACACUCAGUCGUGCUGAUAGUUCUCAGAUGGCUGAAGAAAGAAUAAUGGAGGAGCAACAGAAAGGCCGGAGUAAUAAAAAAACGAAGAAAAAGAAAAAAGCUCGUCCUCUGAGCAGAGAAAUUACAAUGAGUCAAGCCUAUCAAAAUAUGUGUGCUGGAAUGUACAAGACUAUGAUUGCUUUUGACAUGGAUGGUAAAGUGAGGAAGCCAAAAUUUGAACUUGAUAGCGAACAAGUUCGAUAUGAACAUCGGUUUGCCCCGUUCAACAGUGUCAUCACACCACCACCUGUGCACUAUUUACAAUUCAAGGAAAUGUCUGACCUAAACAAAUACACUCCUCCGCCUCAGUCUUCUGAUCUCUACAUGGCUGCUAGCAAACACUUCCAGCAAGCUAAAAUGAUACUGGAGAAUAUCUCUAACCCAGAUCAUGAGGUCAACCGAAUUCUUAAAGUUGCCAAGCCCAAUAUUGUGGUUAUGAAGCUGCUGGCAGGAGGUCACAAAAAAGAUUCUAAAGUUCCUCCAGAAUUUGAUUUUUCUCCUCAUAGAUAUUUCCCAGUAGUGAAACUUGUUUAGGAGGACAGGUAAAUUAUAAUUUGCUCGGAGAAUCUCCUUUAUGCUAUGCUGAAAAAGGACAGAAAACUCUUGGUCAAAAGUACUCAUAUCAGGAGCAAUUUCAUUCAGUCCUCCUAAACAGCUGGAAUAACUGCUGUUUUAAAAUGGUUUGUAUGUUCUUCUGCUGGAGCUGAUUUGAUAAGUGCAUUGUUGAAACAGUUUUUAUUUUUUAUUUUAUUGUACGUUUAUAAGUCAUGAAUGGUGUUGGAACAUUUCAUAACAUGCUGAAAAUACAGUGCAAUAAAAGAAACUGUUUUGUUUUGAUAUGCAUAAAAAUUCAUUUGUAAACAAAACAAAUUCAUUGGUCCUUCUGUCCAUUUGCCUCUGAUCAAAUAUUAAAGUUCCACUCAAUGAGCUUG